AUGAUACAGUGCAUCUUUCUUAUCUUCUCGGGACUUUGCGGUGCUCUUCUUGCCAAUUACCAAAAGAGUGUUGGGGCUCUGCUAUUUGUCUCGUCGGUUUUCACAGCUGUUGGAGUAGCCAUAUUUGGUACACUCUCGAGCGAUACAUCGAAUUUUGAAACCAAGGCUUACGGGUUUGAGCUCCUUCUAGUCAUCGGCCUGGGCCUCAUGAUGCCACCCAUAUUUUCUUCAUCAAAGUCGAAUACCACGAUUCAGAUUUUGCUGCGAUAA